GAAAAAACAACAAAAGCCAGUUACUGGUUCCAACCAACCUUUUCUGUUUCCUUGUCAAUCUAACAGCACAACACAACAAGUUUGUAUCAUCAAAAUCUAAACACAACCCAUUUUUCAAAACCAAUUAAGGAACCAAAAUCUGAGGAAAAGUUUCAAACUUGGCUUUUGGGUUUGGUUUUUUUCAUCUUGUUUUUCACCUUGUUUUUUUCCUGCAGAAAAUGUUUUUUUCUGCAACUUUUUAACCCUUGAUGAAAAUGAUGCAUUAAUGGAACAAAAAGGGUGAAUGGUAUGUGGAAAGUUGAAAGAUUAUAGAGAAAAGAAUCAAUGAACAAAGAGUUUAACAGCAUUGUUAAGGUUUGGGAAGCAGCAGUUAGAAAAUCAGCUGGACCAAAGAAAAGGGUAAACAGAAUAUUCACAACACCAAUGUCUGUUUCCCAUGUUGAUGAUGAUAAUGAUGUUUACCAGGUUGAGAAGAUUCUCAACAAUGGUGAUUUUUAUACAGGUCAAUGGUUGAAUAAUUUUCCUAAUGGUCAAGGUAAAUAUCUAUGGACAGAUGGUUGUAUGUAUGUAGGUGAAUGGUUAAAGGGUAAUAUCACAGGUAAAGGUAGGUUUAGUUGGCCUAGCGGUGCUACCUAUGAAGGUGAUUUCAAGAAUUGUUUUAUGGAUGGUAAAGGGACUUAUAUAGGUUCUAAUGGUGAUACUUAUAAAGGUUUUUGGGUUAUGGAUAUGAAAAAUGGUAAAGGGACACAAAGUUAUUGUAAUGGUGAUUUUUAUGAUGGAGAAUGGAAAAAAGGGUUGCAAAAUGGACAUGGGAGGUAUCAAUGGAAGAAUGGGAAUCAUUAUAUUGGUCAAUGGAGGAAUGGUUUGUUUGAUGGAAAUGGUACUUUGAUGUGGCAAAAUGGGAAUAGAUAUGAUGGUUGUUGGGAAGAAGGUUUUCCUAAAGGGAAUGGUACAUUUAGGUGGAGUGAUGGUAGUUUUUAUGUUGGUAUUUGGAGUAAAGAUUCAAAGGAACAAAGUGGUACUUAUUAUCCUUCUUCUGGUGAUUCCGAUGAUGAUGCUCGUGUGGAUUGGGAUCCUAUGGACCUUUUUUCUGUUGAUUUGAUUGAUUCUUAUGUUUGUGAUCUUGAGAAAGUUUCAAUUUUUCCUUCACAAAAGAAUUUGAACAUGUUUGGUUUAGAGGAAGAUAAACAGUUAUUGUCGAAGAAAAGUACCGAUGUUAAUGGUAGGGCUAGGUGGAUGUCAGGGGAUGAAAGGGUUAGUAAUUAUAGUUCUGAAGAUGGUUCUUAUAGCAGUUAUGAUGGAUCAAGGAGUCCUAUGAUUGAUCAUUCUGUUCCAAGAGUGCCAAAUUUGAGAUUAAAAGCUCCUAAGAGACAAGGAGAGACUAUUUCCAAAGGGCAUAAGAAUUAUGACCUCAUGCUUAAUUUGCAGCUAGGUAUCAGACAUGCUGUUGGAAGACCUGCUCCAAGUACAUCUCUUGAUUUGAAGUCUUCUGCAUUUGAUCCAAAAGAAAAAGUAUGGACUAAAUUUCCACCAGAAGGAUCCAAGCACACACCACCUCACCCGUCUUGCGAGUUUAGAUGGAAAGACUACUGUCCAGUAGUGUUCAGGGCUCUAAGAAAAUUGUUCAAAGUAGAUCCAGCUGAUUACAUGAUAUCAUUAUGUGGGAAUGACGCCCUUCGAGAGCUCUCCUCCCCUGGAAAAAGUGGAAGCUUUUUUUAUUUGACGAACGAUGACCGAUACAUGAUAAAGACCAUGAAGAAAUCAGAAGUAAAAGUUUUCUUGAGAAUGCUUCCUGGUUACUACAAACACGUUCGUGCAUUCGAGAACACUCUAGUCACCAAGUUCUUUGGCCUACAUUGUGUUAAACUACCAGGAGCUUCACAGAAGAAGGUUCGGUUUGUCAUCAUGGGAAAUCUAUUUUGUUCACAAUACGCAAUUCAUAGGCGCUUUGACUUGAAAGGUUCAACGUUUGGUCGUACAACGGAUAAAUCUGAGGAAGAAAUAGAGCCUACAACAACACUUAAAGACCUCGACCUAAAUUAUAUAUUUCGGUUGCGAAAGUCUUGGUUUCAAGAAUUCUGCAGGCAAGUGGAUAAGGACUGUGAAUUUCUUGAACAAGAAAGAAUUAUGGAUUACAGUAUGUUGGUUGGUCUUCAUUUUCGAGGAGUAUCAUCAUGUAGUGAAGCUGGUACACCUUCUCGCAGUUCUGGCGCUCAAACUCCAACAGGUAACUUCGACGAUGGGGCUCCUCGUCUUUCUGGAGUCGAUGUGGACCGUAUCGUAGUAGAUCCUAGCCGGUGGAUUCAAUUAGGUAUAAACAUGCCAGCGCGAGCUGAAAUGACUACACGAAAAAGUUGCGACACACCACAGUUGGUUGGAGAACCAACAGGCGAGAUAUACGAAAUCAUAAUCUUUUUUGGUAUAAUAGAUAUAUUACAAGACUAUGAUAUUAGUAAAAAGCUUGAGCAUGCUUACAAAGCAUUUCAAUACGAUGCAACUACAAUCUCUGCCGUUGAUCCAAGACUAUACUCGAAACGGUUUCGCGAUUUCAUCUACAGAGUUUUUGUUGAAGACACUUCUUGAGGGCUUUAGUUUUUGAAAUCUGACCAAUGCACAUUAGUUGGAGGGUAUUUUGUGAUUGAUAUGUUACACAUUUCUGAAGUUUGUUCAUUUUCCCUCCCUAUAGUUUGUCAGUUUUUCAUUUAAUUUUAGUCACAGCUAAUGUAUGUUGUAGUGUAGAUUUUGAGAGUUACUAAAGCCUUUUCCAAUUGUACAUGAAAUCAUCAAAAGGGUAAAAAAAAAAAAACAUUGGAAAUUAUACAUUUUUGUACA